UUUCCAUUACAUACAACGCUCCUCCUAACAGAGACAUACCUGAAGCAAAUAUCAACAAUCUUAAUUUUUAUCUGAAUGAAUCUAAGGUGGAGAUCUUUGAUGCCAUUCCGGUUGACGUCAUUCGUAAUAUAAUAAGAAACGAAAAAUACGUCAAUUAAAGAGUAUAAGGAGAUGAAAACACUAAAUGAUGAUUUCCAAGUACGUCCUGCGCACCUCCCCAACGUGUCCGACCUUUUUGGGCUUAGUGAAGCCUUCAAGUUUUACAUCCUGGGUGUUUUAGCAAAACUUGAUGAAACAAACUCCAGCAAAUACAUUCAUGACCAUGUAUUAAACAUGGUUGAUCCGCGACCAGUAAUCAAUUGGGCAGGCCCAUUAUACUUGUUAGCUGGGCCUACUACGAUCCGUAUGGCAUCGUACUCGGAUGCAGUCCAUGUCAUGGAAAUGCAUCGUGAUAAUUGUAUUAGCUUUUUCGAAAUAUUUCGACUAGACCAUAAUGUAAGGUCGCAUGAGGUUUUCGUAAGGUGCGAGAAUUAUGCUCGGUGGCCUGGUUAUUACCAUGUACCAAAUUGGUCAAGGUUUGUCUGUUGGAACGUUAGGGGAAUGGUAAGGGAAUCUUUUAUUGAAAAUUUCCAGAUUAUGUACGUCUUACAUCGACCCGUCGUAGUUGUUAUACUCGAGUCGAGAUUGUCUUUUGAAAACAUUGACCUCAUUGUGGAAAGAUUACCCGCUAGGUAUGUUUAUUCCACUUUUGGCCCAGUUGGUUUUGGUGGUGGGGUUGUAGUAUUAUGGAUGGAUGUAUCUGUUAGCAUUGUAAACGGAUAUCAUAACAGGAGGGAGACGAUGGUAGCGGAAUUUGCUUUCGAGGGCAUUGCACCGAGACCAUCGGCCAGGCGUAGAUUAUUCAGAGGCGAUGAUGCUGGUAGUUCAUCCACAACCUCACGUGAUAUUCUAGAUUAA